AGCUGCACCAUCUCCAUGAAAGCUCUCCUGCUCCUCUUCGCUCUCGUCGUCGGGAUCGGCGCCCUCCUGGUCCCAGUCCCGGUGCCCCAAGCGGCGGUCAAAGCGCCUCAGACCAGCGCGACAUACUUCGACGCUGCGCUCGACAAUCCGCUCAUCGAGACUGACAACGCAGCCGCUCCUGCCCGCAAGUGCUCCUCCUGCUUUGGGUGAGCCGGAGACACCCGUUGCCCCGUCGGCGGCAUCUAAGCGCCAUCGACGAUACCACGCGUUGCUAGGGCAGGAUAUGACUCUCUCGCGCGAAGGCUAUGCUGUGCGAUGAGACGAGCCGUUCUGGCGCGUGUGUCACCCUGUGCUCCUGUUUGACUUGCAAUUCCACCACACAUC